GUAACGUAUCAAACUUUGAUAACUAAUACAUUACAUAACACAUUCAUAAUGGCCACCAAGAGAUUUUUUCAAGAACUAGAAUUACCUGAACAGAAAUCUUACGGAGAUGACAUUCUCUUUCCAGUUGUGUUGUCUCAAGUCACGAAUCCGAAACUAACACCAAAAGAACAAUUGCAUGCGUUUGAAGAAGCGAUCAGAGUGGAAAAACCAUGGUUAGAAUCUCUUCUACGGGAAAGGGGUGUUAUUCUGUUUCGAGGCUUCCCAGUUAUCACUCCUUGUGAUUUCAACGAUGUUGUGGAAGCGUUUGACUACCCUGAAGUACCCUAUAUUGGUGGUAUAGCCCCGAGAACCAAAGUGGUUGGUAGAAUUUACACUGCAAAUGAAAGCCCUCCCGAUACGAAAAUCGCUUUCCAUCAUGAGAUGUCUUAUAUCCCAAACUUCCCCCCCAAGAUAUUUUUCUAUUGUGAAGAAGCACCAGAACUAGGGGGAGAAACACCAAUAGUUUUAAGCCAUAUCAUAUAUGAUAAAAUGAAGGAGAAGUACCCAGAGUUCGUUGCGAAGAUAGAGGAGCAUGGAUUGACUUAUAGUGUAUUUAUAAAAAGUGAUAAGGACCAACCAUCAAUGAUCGAUGGCAGAGGUUGGAAGUCGGUAUACAAUACUGAUGACAAAAAAGUCGCGGAAGAAAGGGCGGCAAAGCUGGGAACAAAGCUGGAAUGGAUGGAGAAUAGUGUAAAGAGUAUAACAGGUCCACUGCCAGCUGUAAGAUUGGACAAGGACAACCAACGUAAAACGUGGUUCAAUAAUCUGACUCGUACUUUGAAUUCUACUCAAGGUAUACUCGUUGAGCUAGGCAAUGGCGACCCGGUGCCUAAUGAUGCAAUGGAAGAUUGUUCGAGAAUCUUGGAAGAAGAAUGUGUUACUAUACCUUGGAAGAAAGGUGAUAUUAUGCUUGUUAAUAAUCUGACUGUUCUACACAGCAGACAACCACUGUUAAAACCUCCUCGACGCAUACUUGUAUCCAUUUGCGAGUGACAAUUUGCACUUUUAAAUUGACAAGUUUUCUAGUAGUAAUAAAUUUCUUGCAAAAACACUAGUUUGACGAGAAGUAAUGAUAUCAUGGUGAUGUGCAUAA